AUGAGUUCCAAUCAAUCUGGAAUUAUCCAGACUUUUGUCAAAAAAAUUUUAGCUCAUUUAGAUGAUGCCGACCCACAAAGAUUAAACAGCUUUCUAUCGCUAUUCAACCAAACUGGUAAUUGUAAGAUAAUUCUAAAUGGCAAUCCGAUUGCCCAACCUACCGAAUUCCUUACUGCCUGGCAACAACAGGUUGUUCAAAGUCAACAUAAUUUAACAUCAUUAGAUUACCACAUAAUACCUGGCUCAGGAACUUUAAUUUGCGAUGUGGGUUGUAAAAUUAGAUUUGAUGAAAGUGGGAGAAACAAACUAGAUCAGGAUGCAGUGGUAAAUCCAACGAAUACUGGCACAACUAGUAAUGCAGGUGGCAUUAAGGGAAGACCAUUCUGGGGUCCAUUUCAUGGUGUGUCGAUACAAUUAAUUAUGGAUGAUCGUAUAUUUAAGAAUGAUCAAAAUGGUGUGAUAACAGCAAUUAAUUAUAAUAUUAUAUAUAAACCGGAUGAUUCUCUAAUUAAUUUAGAAUAA